AUGUCAGAUACUACUGUAUUUGAUACAUCUGCUCUACCCAAAGACAUCAGUAUGUCGGAUACUGCAUUUGGUGGUGGUGAUGGUACACCGACUCCAUUCACCUUCAAUUUCCAAGCUCCCACCGGAGGAUCCAGCCCAUCUAUAUUGCCUGAUAAUGCCCUCGAGCUCAAGGAGAAGCCGGAACUGCUACAGACGCAGUACGAUUCGGUCGUCAAGGAAAAAGAUGCCGCCAGAGCCCAAAUCCACUUGGAGCAGGCGGAAGUCGAAUGUCUCAAACCCAUCGCUGAGAAAUCCAAAAGCCGUGGGAACCUACAUAAUGAGAUCAGGAGGCUUAAGCAAGGUCUCAAAGUAGCCAAUGAACAGACGAAGAAGGAUGCUAUAGGUCUCAAGGAGGCCAAAGAUGAGUUGGAAAGAUUGGCUUCAUACCAGACAGAAAACGACAAUCUGAAACGUCAGCUAGCGGAGCAGCUCAAAGCCACAACGAAAAUUAAUUCCACUGCAACAUUCGAGCGCAACAAUGCACGAAAGGAAUUGGUAAACCUUCGCAUUCAAAAACUGCAAUUAGAUGUCAAUAUCAAAAAGCAGAUUAAGGAACGUAAUUCGAUCAUGGCAGAGCGCAAUAAAGCUAGAGCUGAGGCCAGUGUAGCUUUGAGUCGAGUUGAAAGUCUAACAACCAAAGUCGCAACUAGGCUGCGCAGAAAUACUCCGCUACCCAUUUUUCUAUUAUCCGCCCCGCAAACGGAGGACCCGCGGGGGACCCGCCAGGCCAAUAAUCCGCCCCGCGGGUACCCGUUGCGCAGCCUAGUCGCAACCCUUCGCGAUCAAGCUGGACUUCAGGAGGAAGCUAAAUCUGAGGUCACCAAAGCUCAGAAUCAAGCUGUCGUAGCUCUGGAGACUCAAAUCGAAACCAUUCGCGACCAAGCUCAAACCAAAUUAGCGACUCUUCGGGAGGAAGCUAAAUCUGAGGCCACCAAAGCUCAGAAUCAAGCUACAGGCCUUCGCAAUCAGGCCAUAUUCCUUAAUCGCAACAUCGCGAGUUAUAAGGCGCAGAUUGCCGCAGUUUGUUCUCAAUGUAAGGAGAUGGAACAAAGCCGUGUUGAUGAACUUAAUCUCCAAAACGAUAUUCUCAGUCAGCAGAUUAAGCAACUUGUGCAAGACAAACUCAAUCUCGAGACGGCUUCACGCGACAGAGAUGUAGCUGCUCAAGCCGCCAAUGAGGCGCUUAGUACUACCAUCCAUGAAUCUUCCAAGCAACUAGAGAAGCUUGAAGAGAGAGCCAAAGCUCUCGAAGCUGAGAAAUUCGAUCUUUUAAAUAGCCAUCAAACCACAGUCUCCGUCCUUGAAGUGACUCUUGAAGCAAAGCUUGUAAGCAUUUCCGACUCUCGCCAUUCUGCAGAUGGCGCAAUUGGUCUCCUCAACGCGGAGAUCUCUUCUCUCCGGAAUGAUCUGGAAAGCACCCGGGGCGCCUCCCGGGAUGCUGCAAACUUGUCGAGUUCUAUCGAUACUCUUCGCGGCGAAAUUGCCCUCGCCCAAGAGUCCCUUGACAAUGCCAUCCAGAAAGGUAAGGAGGCAGAGAAUAAUCUGGCCAAGAAGGAAACGGAGCUUACUCGAGAGCAGGCUGCUCAUGCAGCAACCAGAAAUUUGCAUACUCGUACGGUUAAGGUUAAGAGUCUUUCGCUAGACAAAUCUACUAAUAGCAGUGUUGCAAAAGUUCAUGAGCAGGAACAAACUAAUCCUGUCGUUCAUCCGGGGAGAUUGUUUGAACUGGAGGAAGAUGAUGUGCCUCCAUCAUCGUCUCCAAUCGAAUCUCUGGAAACCGCGCCUGGUCUGUUCUUUUCUACGAUUAAUUCCGUGGAAGUCACUCCUGUCUGCGAGGAGCCUGCCAGCUCCGAGACUGUUGUCGACCUGCCAGCGAUGGUUGCAGAGCAACCAAAGAUUACCGAAGCACCUAUCCCUGUGACCAAGGUCAGAGUGGCAGUGGCCGCUCAUAGACCUGCUCGUAGAAAUGCUUCAAGCAUUCUUCGCCUGUGGAUUGUCCUCCCCGUUUUGUUUGUGGUGGCGCUGAUUAAUAUCUCCAUAAAUGUAACUCCUGUUACAUCCGGUCCAAUCGGUCUAAUUGAAGCAGUGCCUGCUGCUUCGAUGACCCCUCCUGUUUCGAUGACCCCUCCUCCUGUUUCGAUGACCUCUCCUCCUGGUCCGAUGCCGUCCCCUCCAGCUUCGAUGACUCUCUCUCUUGUGAUGGAGACGUUUGUCCCGGCUUCAACGGCUUCUAGUAUGGAUACUGCGCCCACAGCCUCUUUAGAAGAGCCUACUUCUAAAGAGGUUGCCGCUCCCCCCGUGUGGGGAGGAGGAUCCCUUGCCCGGGUCCUCUAUCCUACUAGAAUGCUGCGUGUUGGGGAGCAGAUAUUAGAGACGACACACUGUUAUUGGAAUUUCCUGGAGGUCGCUGUCCUCCGCCGUGUUGCGAUUUUUUUCGCUCGCGGUUGUUCGACUUCGUCGUCCUCGACAAGCUCCCACUGUUACACCAUGCUUGCUUUAAGUCAUUGGUUCAGUCCAGGAGGAUCCAUUUACUAG